AUGGCCUUUGAUCCAUCUGCUCUAGAGCCUAUUCCGGAGCAUGAAGCAUUUAUCUUAGUCGAUCUCGAAGUGAGAAAUACAUCGCCCUACAUGAAGCCCAGACGACCCUCUUUCUCGAUUUUGAAAUGCUCGCACCCAGAAUGCAUUGCAUAUCCACGCUCUAAGAGAGCCAUUUUCUGUCGCGUAGUGCAGCGACCUCUCUGGGCACUGAUUUUCGUCUUCGGUAUCAUCAAUCUCUUCAUCGUUGCAUGGCAAUGGGUUUUUUAUCUCUUUCGACAUGACACCUCGUUGGCUAUUUUCCCCGGGGAACGCCACUCAAGGUUUUCCGACUGGUCUACCAACGGUGUCAUCCCUGUACCAUGCCACUCGCACAACGAUUACUGGCGCCACAUUCCCCUACGCUCAGCACUUCGUGCAGGCUGUAUCAGCGUCGAGGCUGACGUCUGGCCAUGGGGAAAUGACAUUCUAGUCGGCCAUUCACGUUCCACAGUCCACCGGGGCACAUUGCAGAGCCUCUAUCUUGACCCGCUGCUGAAGAUACUCGACACACACAAUGCACCGCCUUCCCGAAGCUGGCCGCACGUCAUGAAUCAGGAAAUAGUCGGGGUGUUUCCUAAUGACCCAAAGCAGACUGUGACCUUGCUGGUUGAUUGCAAAACCGAUGGUGAUCGCACCUUGCCGCUUCUUGUUGAGCAGCUGAACCCGUUUCGUGAAAAGGGCUAUCUGACUCACUUCAAUGGCUCUGAUAUCGUAUACGGCCCAGUUACUAUCGUUGCCAGUGGAGAUGUGCCUUUUCACCUACUGUUGGAGAACACAACCUACCGCGACGUCUUCUUUGAUGCACCUCUUGGCAACUUGACCUUUCCCACCGAGAUAACGGCAAACGACAACAAACCAAUGGACUCUACCUAUAACCCAUCCAACAGCUAUUAUGCAUCAGCAGACUUCCGCAAGGUUAUCGGGCCUCUUUCUCUUAGUCGUCUGUCAGAUAUCCAGCUUGCUAUUCUUCGGAGCCAAGUAUUUGAAGCUCACAAGUUGGGACUGAAGGUGCGGUACUGGGGAACUCCCACCUGGCCCAUUGGACUGCGGAAUCAUGUUUGGAAUGUACUUGUGCAUGAGGGUGUGGACGUGUUAAAUACAGAUGAUUUGCGUGGUGCAACUAAGCAGGACUGGAAGCCUCAUCACUGGUGGCAGUGGUGGGUAUGA